GCUAGUGUUGAUGGAACGAACUUUGGACUUCGGUUACUUGUUCAAGAACGAAAUGUGGUGAUGGAAAACGGUCUGGUUCGAGUUAUCUUAACCAACCCCGAAGGUCUAAUAACAGCAAUAGAAUACAAGGAUUUGGACCGUAACUUACUUGAGUUCCGCUAUCAUGAAGACAGCAGAGGGUACUAUGAUGUUAUGUGGGGAGAACCAGGACAUGAAGGAAUUUUUGACAAGUUGAAGGCAACAACAUUUAAUGUCAUAGUACAAAACGAGAACCAAAUCGAAGUUUCUUUUUCAUGGACCUGGGAUAUUUCUCUUAAAGGAAAACGCAUGCCUAUUAAUUUGGACAAAAGGUACAUUAUGCUGAAGCAUUCCUCCGGUUUCUAUACGUAUGUUAUUUUUGAUCAUUUGAAAGGGUGGCCCGAGUUUGGCAUUGGCGAAGCCAGGAUUGCUUUCAAGCUCAGCCAAGACAUGUUUCACCACAUGACCAUAACCGAUACAAGGCAAAGAGAGAUGCCCACGUUACAAGAUCGUCUUCAAGGGAAACCUCUAGCCUAUCCAGAAGCAGUUCUGUUGACAAAUCCAGUCAAUCGAUCUCUUAAAGGAGAGGUAGAUGAUAAGUACCAGUAUUCAGUGGAGAAUAAAGACACGGGGAUACAUGGAUGGAUUAGUGCCAAUCCACGCAUAGGAUUUUGGAUUAUAACAGCCAGCAAUGAGUUCCUUGUUGGUGGUCCUCACAAACAGGAGCUCACAUCCCAUACAGGCCCUACAAGUCUCUCUAUUUUCUUUAGUAGCCAUUACACUGGACAGGAGCUAUCCCCGAAAUUCCAAAAUGGAGAACCAUGGAAAAAAGUUUUUGGCCCUGUUUUCGUUUAUGUUAACUCAGUUCCCAAAACAGAAAAGGAUCUCUAUACAUCACUCUGGGUGGAUGCAAAAGCUCAGUUGGCGAAGGAAGUCAAAAGUUGGCCUUAUAGUUUCCCUGCUUCGGCUGACUUUCCUUCCUCAGAUGAACGGGGUACUGUUACAGGAACCUUGUUAGUCCGAGAUAGGUAUAUUGAUAGGCUUGACAUCGCCGGGAAUGGUUCUUAUGUUGGUUUGGCUCCCCCAGGAGAUGCUGGAACUUGGCAAAGAGAUUGCAAGGGCUAUCAGUUUUGGACUAAAGCCAACAGGGACGGAUCAUUUGCGAUCCCUAAUGUUCGUGCAGGAGAAUAUAAUCUUUUUGCAUGGGUUCCUGGUUUUAUUGGAGACUUCAAGCACAAUAUUAGUAUUCGGAUAUCUCCAGGAUGUAAUCAGAAUUUGGGUAAGCUUGUAUAUGAACCUCCAAGAGAUGGUCCUACAUUGUGGGAGAUAGGUUUUGCCGAUAGAUCUGCAGCUGAAUUCCGUGUACCUGAACCUAACAAAAACUACGUUAACAAACUCUAUGUUGAUCUUCGUGAAGACUGGUUCCGACAAUACGGAAUAUGGGAGCGGUACUCAGAAUUGUAUCCAAUUAGAGAUCUCGUUUUCACCAUUGGCGUUAGCCAGCACCAGAGAGAUUGGUUCUAUGCACAUGUGCCAAGGAAACAUGGUAACAUACUUGUUCCAACAACAUGGAGCAUUGUGUUCAAAACCGACAAAGUAUUACCAACAGGAACUUAUAAACUGCGAAUAGCAAUUGCUUCUGCUACUUACGCUGAAUUACAGGUUCGUGUCAAUGACGAAAAAGCAGCAAGGCCUCUCUUCACAACUGGAAGAAUAGGAAGAGACAAUGCAAUAGCAAGACACGGAAUUCAUGGAUUGUACUGGUUAUAUACAGUUGAUGUACCAGGGAACCUACUUCGCCAAGGUGAAAACACAAUAUUCCUAACACAAACAAGGAUUUAUAUGGCGUUUGAUGGUUUCAUGUACGAUUACAUCCGCUUGGAAAGGCCUCCAUCCAAUGUUGCAUAGAGGGCAUACCA